GACGCCGAAGAAAGGAAAUGGACCAAUAGAAACGCGGCUGUUUCUGUUUUGAAAGAAACGCGCUUGUUGACGGUUUCACUGAAGGUGUCCCAACUUGCUGAUACUAGCCAAAUAGUUGUACUCCAACAAUGCCGAGUCGAAGUGUGGAAGGCUCGCCUUCCACGAGAUGUGAGCAGCGUCCUCCUUUGAGAAGUGUGGAGAAUGAAAAGCAGCAUUUGUCUACGCCAUUACUGAGACGCCAUUCCAAAUCACAGUCAAAAGUGGAAAAGGAGGAUAUUUGUCUCGACUCGUGCUCUCCUUCACCAUCCAACGUGACGCAAACCAUCAAAAUAGACGAUUUAGGACUCCCUGAUGUCACAUUUAAAUCCUUCAUCUGCUCAAGCGGCGAAGUGGUGAUUUCCGAUGAGACUUCACUGUGCACAGAAGACCACAUUUUCUUGCCUCAGGAUCAAAAUAUUGAUGUCACUUGUGAAAAUGAGGACAUGGGCACCAGUGAGACCUGCAGCGUGCACAUGGAACAUCCUUAUCACCACCCCGAGUCAAAGGAUGCAGCCUUUGGUGAAGUUGUUCCAGCCAGCACUGGUCCGAUAGAUUUUGACAUCCGUGAGAUGGACAUUUCAGCAACCUCCUGGCAACCGGAUGAAACCAUUCCUCUUGUAAUAGACGACAAACAUGUGGAUGAUCUCUACUACUGUCAAGAUGAAGGCACUCCAAAUGAAGUCUGCGAUGUGACAUUUAAAUCAUUCACCUGCGACGGGGGCGAGUUGGAAAUUCCUAACGUCACUCAAGUGGAAGAUGAGACAGUUCCUCUGCCAGCAGAGCACAUGGCGACCAGUGAUCCAGAGCUGAGCUUUUUACCUGCUGAUGUGGAACUCUGCAGUGAUCACGUUGAUCAUCCGUACUGCCAUUUUGAGACCGAUGUGGACACUUUUGGACAAGAAGUGGCUUUGUUGAAUGAUCUUGUUGCUUUUUCAGAAGAGCAACCCGAAAGCUUCCACUUCCAUCAUCACGAGUCUCACACACUGGAGCACAUUCAAAAGAACCAGCAUGAUGACAUUGUGGGUUCUCUCACACCAACGUUUCAGACUUUACCUUACAAUUCAGUUUCAGCCCAAGAUGAAUUUGAUGAAAUUUCCGUGGGCACUCAAAUGUUAAAUGAGACGUUUCCUCCUCCGGCAGAACCAAUUGCAAGCGCUCAUUCAGAUCCACACAUUUUACCUGCUGAUGUCCAGAUCAGUCAUUUGGAGAAGAAUCCUCUUGAACCUCUCAUUGAGACCGACUUGGACAGGCAAGUUGUUCCAGAAGAACAAACUGGGUCCUCAGAGUUCCUCACCAAGAAUCAAACUCUCACAGUGGAUCCAAUUGAAGGAAACCAAAACGAUGACAUUUUAGAGACUUCGACACCAUCGCCACCGGAACAGAGGCAUGACGAUGACAAAAUGGUACCCAAGGUUCAGUCAGAUCUCGAAUUCAGCGAGGGCAAGGACAGCGCGCUUGGUUUGUCUGAAAACAGAGCACCCGCGCUAUCGCCCGUGAAGAAACCCCUGGCCGAGACCAUGCCCGAUGUUUUAAAAGUACUGUCGGAGUGCCCUUCUGUCGUGUCGGCUCUGCAGCUCAUGAGUCCGGUUCGAAGGGCGUCCCUCUCCCUCAUGAGGACUCGCAGGGAUCCUGCUGUUGACUUUGAGAAGAACGUGGUUUCGCCAGAGCUGGCCUCUUUGUGGACGGAGCAGGUGGAGAGCCCGAUGCAUUCUCCCCUCUUCAACUCAACCACUCUGAGCAACAAGAUCCAGCCAGAGGGUCAACAAACCGAGGAUAAGAACAGUCAGGGGUCAAAGGUUCCCGCUGGACCUUUUAUUCCGGAUGGUCCCCUCCAGCAGCAGCUACGGCAAAUGGCGGAGUUUCUCCUCCUCGCGUCAGGAAAGAUGGACUUUGCUGUCGCUCCUGCUGCUCCUCCCAUAAAGUCCUCCAAUGUGGGCGUGGGCGUGGGCGUCACCCCAAUAAAAAAGUUGGACCGAAGCCUGAAUACGUCGGGAGAGUUUGUAAGAAAGGGGGAAUUUUUGAAAAUAGACGCCUGCACACUUACAGAUCCUCUUCCUCUCCUGUGGAACUGUCACCAGGAAAGCUUGGAUAGCGUUCCCAGAGAGGAACUAGAGCAGAAGCUGAUGUCAAGCAUGGUCAUGGUGGAGGCCUUGGUGCAGCAGCUGGCGGCGGCCCGGGCCAUACGCGGCCCCCAUGCGACCCCGGCGCCUUCUGAGCUGCGGAACAAACUGGUGCAGACGGAGCACACAGAGCUCAGCCAGACCACAAUGUAUCGGGACUUGUAUAUGGAGGCUUUGAAUAGGAUUAGCGACUUGGAGCAAGAUGGAAGAUCUCUGCAGGAACUCGUUCAGCAUAUGCAGGGCAUGCGCGUCACCAUGGCAUCUUUGGCCGGUGACACCGAUGCGGCGCUGUCUGACGCAAAGCAAAUGGAGGCGCUUGUUCGAGAAGAUCAUCAAACACUCUCGUCUCACUACGGCGAGAUGAAGUCGCUGUAUACGAAGUUCAAAGAAACGCAGCUGCGAAUGAUGCAGAAGGUCGACGAAGCGUUCGGGCAAAGAGACGAGAUGAAGACUUGGAUGGAAGACGCCCAGACGUCCAAGGAAGCCGCCUUCAGUACUGUGGAGCAGCUGAGGACUCACUGCGCUAGCGAAAUGGCGGCGCUGCAGAGGAGCAUCGGCUCUCAGCAGGAACUCCUGGCUGCGCUCAAUGUUACCUUCCCAGAGCAGGUUGCACUAAACAAGAUGAACGGUGAAACCUUGAACUCUGCUUCGGAUCUUCUGUGCAAAACCAUGGAGGAUCAGAUCAAUUUGACUCGAGAAAUGUCCGUGGUCAGGAGCCUCGUGCAGCGGUCCGCCCCUAUGCUGGUGAAGCUGAACGAGAAGGCGGCGGCCGCUCUGACAGAAAGAGAUCAGCACAUGUCAGCCCGAGAGCGAGUGCAAGAGGAGAGAGAGCAGGUGGAAGAGGAGCUGACAGAAGCCUUAUUAAAUCUCCAAACUGCCCAAGAGCAGAUUGGUGAUUUAAAUCUGCAGGUUACUAUUUUGACCUCAGAGAUGAGCGUGCUGCGUCAAAAGCUGAAGGAGCACGAGGAGCAGCGAGCUCAGCUUGAGCGUACCGUGACGGAAAUGUCGGCCACCGUGUCCUCCACCACGGCAGCCCACACCUUCCUGGAGCACACCCUGGCCGAGGAGACAUCCAAGUUGGAGCAGGCACAAAAAGACGCAAGCCAGGCCAAGGAAAAAGCAGACUAUUUGGCGUCUUCACUGUGCCAGGCGGAAGAGUGGGCAGAGGAGCUCAUUCGUAAUCUGGCCGAGAAAGAGGAGAACCUGUCCCGGCUGCAGGCGCUCUCGCAGUCGCAGAGUUUACAGAUCCAGCAACUGAGAGACGUCUGCGCGCAGCUCAGCGAUGCGGCGGAAACGAACGAGUUCCUGCAGGCGGAGAACGAGAUGGCCCGGGACCAGCUUGCCGAAAGCGAGAACGUGUCCAGGGUUCUGCACGAGAGGAACAUCCAGUGUGAAGACCUGAAAGCAGAACUCUGCCAACUACAGCGAGAGAAGAGGAGUAUGCAGGAGGAGCUGGAAGCAGAACGAUCGCGAGCCAGCACGGCCCAGCUGAAGCGGGCCGAGCAGCUCGCUCAGGCCGUCACGGAAACUACCCUGCUGCAUCACACGCUGCGAGGGAUGACCAACGAGCUGCAUGAUGCUCUCGGCGGCCAGAAGCCAGAACCGAAGAACUCGUCACAGGCCCUCCAAGUGGACCGGCGGAAGCCGUCCAGCUCUUUUGUAGACUGCGUCAUGGUUGCCCUAACAGCCGACAAGCAUGAGGAGGAGGAAGAAGCCAACACGGCAGACGUUUCCACGGACUCGCCAAGAGACAGCAUAUUCAGCAAGAGCAGUGCCUUCACACGCUUGCCAGUCACCCCGAAAAAGAAAUUUGUGUCGCAGGAGUCUGAUGAUGAGGAAAAGAGGGAGCAGAGCAGUCUGCUGGAGGCGCUGGCCCACUUGAGCAACACGGUCACGGAGCUUGUCGGCACGCUGGAGUCUGUGCAGCGACACAAAGACGCUCGGCUGAAGGAACUGCAACACACCGUCUUUAGCCAGCAGAUGGCGCUGCAGGACGCAAACAGCAAGCACAAGGCGGAGGAGUCUGAGCUGAAGCUUCAGCUGAGCCGCAUGCGCACCCAGGCAGAGCGCUGCGAUUUAGCACUGCAGCAGCAAGCUCAGGAUUCAAAAACGAUAACCAAGCUGAUGAAUGAUGUCACAGAGGCCCAGGAGCAGAUGAUCAAACACAGGCUGGAUUAUAAUGAGUUGCGCAAGGAGACAAUGGAGCUACGUCGCUCCCUCCAACAAAGUGAAACAGAAGUUCAAAUCCUGCGCGCAGAGUUCAGGAAAACCGAUGGACAGACUGCCGGCGAGGUUGAUGUGAAGGAAGAGAAACUCCUCUUGUUAAAAGAGGUGGAUCGACUGAAGACAAGCCUUCGGGAGAUGGAGCAGACCAGGCACAAAUUGCUCGAACGGGCUAAGAGACAUCAACAAAUCCAACAAAUGAACCAGCAGAAGUGCGAGAAUGAAGUGCACAUGUUGAACAACAUGAUUAAAAAAGUCCGCGAGACGCUGCGGUCAUUGCCCGAGGCGGUGAAGAAGUGUGAGCAGCUACAGCAGCUUUUAGAAUAUUUAGGCUGAUCAUUUGUUUUUUUGUUUUCUUACAACGCUUUUUAUACAUUCAAUGUGUCUGCGCUUUUUGCUCUCUAAUGUUUAAUGUAAAUAAAUACACAAACUAAAAA